AGCUCUCACUCACCCUCCGGCUUCCUGUUGGGGCUUCCUCAUCCCCACCCCACAUUUGGGGCAUUUCCUUCCCUGACAGAGGGACCUGGGACCGGGCUGGGGCCCUGGCGGAUGGAGACAUGCUGCCUCUGCUGCUGCUGCCCCUGCUGUGGGGGGGGUCCCUGCAGGAGGAGCCAGGGUACGAGCUGCAAGUGCAGAAGUCGGUGACGGUGCAGGAGGGUCUGUGCGUCCUCGUGCCCUGCUCCUUCUCUUACCCCUGGACUGUCUGGUACUCCUCUCCCCCACUCUACAUCUACUGGUUCCUGAACGAGAAGAGCCCAUACUAUGAUGAGCCUGUGGCCACAAACAACCCAGACAGAAAAGUGAAGUCAGAGACCCAGGGCCGAUUCCGCCUCCUUGGGGAUGUCAGGAACAAGAACUGCUCCUUGAGCAUCGGAGAUGCCAGAAUGGAGGACACGGGAAUCUAUUCUUUGCGUGUGGAGAGAGGAAGGGAUGUAAAACAUACCUACAUUCAGAAUAAGCUGAACUUGGAGGUGACAGCCUUGACAGAGAAACCCGACGUCCACUUUCUGGAGCCUCUGGAGUCCGGCCGCCUCACAAGGCUGAGCUGCAGCCUUCCAGGAUCCUGUGGAGUGGGACGACCUCUCACAUUCUCCUGGACGGGGGAUGCCCUCAGCCCCCCGGACCCCGAAACCACCCGCUCCUCGGAGCUCACCCUCACCCCGAGGCCCGAGGACCAUGGCACCAACCUCACCUGUCAGAUGAAACGCCGAGGAGCUCAGGUGACCACGGAGAGAACUGUCCAGCUCAAUGUCUCCUAUGCUCCCCAGAACCUCGCCAUCAGCAUCUUCUUCAGAAAUGGCACAGGCACAGCUCAAGGGAGGAGUGAGGGAGAAUUGGGCCUCCCAGCUCCACUCACCUGGCUGUGCAUCUCUUUCCCAGCCCUGCGGAUCCUGAGCAAUGGCACGUCGGUGCCCAUCGUGGAGGGCCAGUCCCUGUUCCUCACCUGCACAGUUGACAGCAACCCCCCUGCCUCACUGAGCUGGUUCCGGGAUGGAAAAGCCCUGAAUCCCUCCCAGACCUCAAUGUCUGGGAUCCUGGAGUUGCCCAACAUAGGGGCUAGAGAGGGAGGGGAAUUCACCUGCCGGGUUCAGCACCCGCUGGGCUCCCAGCACCUGUCCCUCAUCCUUUCUGUGCAGAGAAGCUCCUCUUCCUGCAUAUGUGUAACCGAGAAACAGGAAGGCUCCUGGCCCCUCGUCCUCACCCUGAUCAGGGGGGCUCUCAUGGGGGCUGGCUUCCUCCUCACCUAUGGCCUCAGCUGGAUCUACUAUACCAGGUGUGGAGGCCCCCAGGGGAGCAGGGCUGAGAGGCCAGGCUGAGCCCCUCCUGCUCAAGACAGAACCGAGGUGUGGAUACCCAGCCCUGCGGGACAGACGCAGGACACCACUGCCAGCUUCUUUCUGGAAGCUCACAUCCCACUGACUACCCUUCUUUUCCUUUCUGCCCCAGACCCGUCUACUGAUCCCCCUCUGCUUGUGAGUCUUGCCCCAUCACACCUGCAUCCCCAUCUGCACCCCCCCCUUCCCCACCCCCCCUUCUCUUCCCCCUCCAUCCUCCAUCUCCAGACCUGUGAAGGGAACGUACUUUCGGUCUUAUACUCCCAAUACUC